AGCUUCGCGAUGUCUCGUUUGGGAAUACAAGUACGUCUCUGCGACUUUACAUCUAGUUCGAUGAGUGUCUGGACUCUGCGCAUUUCGGCACCCCGGCAGGUGGGUCUAGCCAGGUAAUGGCCAGGGCAGGACGACGUAGGUUGGGCAUCGGGUUUGUUUCCGUGUCGUUUCUCUUCCGUCAUAUCUCGCAGCGGGAGAUAUAGACACGAUGCCAUUCGAUUAAUCGCUCGUCCAUUAACUGCAUUACCAAUCACUGCUCCUAGCAACCCGACCUUCACUUCGCUGAAAGUUGAAACAUGGCGGAGGCUACCGCUCCCUCCAUUCCCCAGACGCUGGAUGACGACACAGAAGAGCCCUCCCCGCUGCAAGAUCAGCCCCAAUCCGAGCAACCACACCCCCAACGUUUCCUCUCCCGCACAGAAAGCAACGACAACAGUCGUCCACGCGAAGCCACCGAACUCGACGAGAUCGCCACUGCUUCAGCGUGCUCCUCCGCGUCGCUGUCGUCUGGCGAGUACCGCAUUGUUCCCCGGCGGACAGCAACCAGCACAUCUUCGAACACUGUGAAUGCGAGCCACAAGCACACCGGACGACUUCAGCCCCUACGGCGAUUCUGGUCGCGCCAUGUCGCGCUGGUGGUUUCGCAGAAGGGGAAUCGAGACUAUUUCGCAUUAGAACGAACGUUUCUAGCCUAUGUGCGCACUUCGGCGGCCUUCUCAAUGCAGGGUGUACUCGUCGCACAGCUUUUCCGUUUGCAGGUGGAGCAAAAGACACGGUUUGAUUUCUACACCGUUGGCAUUCCGUUGAGUAUUGCGUAUCAAUGUUGCGCCAUCGUUGUUGCGCUGAUGGGUGCGUAUCGGUUCUGGAGGCAGCAGAAUGCGAUAGCAAGGGGGAAGGUGAUUGCUGGUGGGUGGGAGAUUAAUUCAAUGGGGGUAUUGGCUGUUUUGGCGGCACUGGCGCUGUUCGCGCUUGCGGUUGCGAUCAUUGUGGAGUUGAGUAUAAGUUGAUCAACACUCAUAUUGACGAUUCUUGACGUCCUACGAGCGCUACGAUUGAUGAAUUAAUGAGUAUCAAAAUAAUGACUUGAUAGAUUAAAAUUAGUGACUUUCGAGUAUAAAGUUAAUUGCGUAUAUUUUUUAUA